AGCAGGACCUGAUUAAGAAGGCAGUGCCGCCUCUAAGCCGGGCUAGAUUGUAGCCACUAGCAACCAGGCUGCAAUAAUUUCCCUUUGAUGACAUCAUCCACUGUGGAAGAACCCAGUUGCUUCAGCCAGUCGAACUAUACAGUUCUAACCUCAUCAAAUAUGGCAUCUCCCUUGCCUGCUAUAGCAGGGAAAGGAAAAACGCCACUGUCUUUUUAAUCUAGCAAGCUUCUCUAUUUUGCUCUUUUUUUCUUCUUCUUUUGAAAAAUUCUGAUCAUGGAUGAUGCUUCUGAUCCGUAUCUGCCUUAUGACGGGGGAGGAGACAGUAUUCCCUUGAGGGAAUUACAUAAAAGAGGCUCCUCUGAAGGAAAAUAAUUUGUCCAGACUUUCUUGUUACUGCGUUUUAACUGUAUAAAAGAAGUGUACCCUAAGUGUAAGAGAACUUCAAGAGAACUUGUCUACUUCAUGUGUAAGAUGACGUUGAAAGGAACUCAUUAUACAAUGACAAAUGGAGGCAGCGUCAAUAGCUCGACCCACCUGCUGGAUCUUCUCGACGAGCCCAUCCCAGGUGUGGGCACAUAUGAUGAUUUCCACACUAUUGACUGGGUGCGAGAGAAGUGUAAAGACAGGGAAAGGCACAGACGUAUCAACAGUAAAAAAAAAGAGUCAGCAUGGGAAAUGACAAAAAGUCUUUAUGAUGCCUGGUCAGGAUGGCUUGUAGUUACACUGACAGGACUGGCAUCAGGAGCACUAGCUGGAUUAAUAGACAUUGCUGCUGACUGGAUGACUGACCUGAAGGAGGGCAUUUGCCUCAGUGCAUUGUGGUACAACCAUGAACAGUGUUGUUGGGGGUCUAAUGAAACAACAUUUGAAGAGAGGGAUAAAUGUCCACAGUGGAAAACAUGGGCAGAGUUAAUCAUAGGUCAAGCAGAGGGUCCGGGGUCUUAUAUCAUGAACUACAUAAUGUACAUCUUUUGGGCUUUGAGUUUUGCCUUUCUUGCAGUUUCCUUGGUGAAAGUAUUUGCUCCAUAUGCCUGUGGCUCUGGAAUUCCAGAGAUUAAAACUAUUUUGAGUGGAUUCAUCAUCAGAGGUUACUUGGGAAAAUGGACUUUAAUGAUUAAAACCAUCACAUUAGUGCUGGCUGUGGCAUCAGGUUUGAGUUUAGGAAAAGAAGGUCCCCUGGUACACGUUGCCUGUUGCUGUGGAAAUAUCUUUUCCUACCUCUUCCCAAAGUACAGCACAAAUGAGGCUAAAAAGAGGGAGGUGCUGUCAGCUGCCUCAGCUGCAGGGGUUUCUGUAGCUUUUGGUGCGCCCAUUGGAGGAGUUCUAUUUAGUUUGGAGGAGGUUAGCUAUUAUUUUCCUCUAAAAACUUUAUGGAGAUCAUUUUUUGCUGCUUUGGUCGCAGCAUUUGUUUUGAGAUCCAUCAAUCCAUUUGGUAACAGCCGUCUGGUCCUUUUUUAUGUGGAGUAUCAUACACCAUGGUACCUUUUUGAACUGUUCCCUUUUAUUCUCCUAGGGGUAUUUGGAGGGCUUUGGGGAGCUUUUUUUAUUAGAGCAAAUAUUGCCUGGUGUCGUCGACGCAAGUCCACCAGAUUUGGCAAGUAUCCUGUUCUUGAAGUCAUCAUUGUUGCAGCCAUUACUGCUGUGAUCGCCUUCCCCAAUCCAUACACAAGGCUCAACACCAGUGAGCUCAUCAAAGAGCUGUUUACAGAUUGUGGGCCGUUGGAAUCCUCUUCUCUUUGUGACUACAGAAAUGACAUGAACGCCAGUAAAAUUGUUGAUGAUAUUCCUGACCGUCCAGCAGGCGUUGGAGUAUAUUCAGCUAUCUGGCAGUUAUGCCUAGCACUCAUAUUUAAAAUAAUAAUGACAGUGUUCACUUUUGGUAUCAAGGUUCCUUCAGGCUUGUUUAUCCCUAGCAUGGCCAUUGGAGCGAUUGCAGGGAGAAUUGUGGGGAUUGCCGUGGAGCAGCUCGCCUACUAUCACCAUGACUGGUUCAUCUUCAAGGAGUGGUGUGAGGUUGGGGCCGACUGCAUCACGCCUGGGCUUUAUGCCAUGGUUGGUGCUGCCGCAUGCUUAGGUGGUGUGACAAGAAUGACUGUCUCCUUGGUGGUUAUUGUUUUUGAACUUACUGGAGGCUUGGAAUAUAUUGUUCCUCUUAUGGCUGCAGUAAUGACCAGUAAAUGGGUUGGUGAUGCCUUUGGUAGGGAAGGUAUUUAUGAAGCACACAUCCGACUAAAUGGGUACCCUUUCUUGGAUGCAAAAGAAGAAUUCACUCAUACAACCCUGGCUGCUGAUGUCAUGAGACCUCGAAGAAGUGAUCCUCCUUUAGCUGUUCUGACCCAGGACAAUAUGACUGUAGACGACAUAGAAAACAUGAUUAAUGAAACCAGCUAUAAUGGCUUUCCUGUUAUAAUGUCAAAAGAAUCUCAGAGACUAGUGGGAUUUGCCCUCAGAAGAGACCUGACAAUUGCAAUAGAAAGUGCCAGAAAAAAACAAGAAGGCAUUGUUGGCAGUUCUCGGGUGUGUUUUGCACAGCAUACCCCAUCUCUUCCAGCAGAAAGUCCUCGGCCUUUAAAACUGAGAAGUAUCCUUGAUAUGAGUCCUUUCACAGUAACAGACCACACCCCAAUGGAGAUUGUGGUAGACAUCUUCCGAAAGCUGGGUCUGAGGCAGUGCCUUGUUACUCACAAUGGGAUUGUCUUGGGGAUCAUCACAAAGAAGAACAUUUUAGAGCAUCUCGAGCAACUAAAGCAGCACGUGGAGCCCUUGGCGCCUCCUUGGCAUUAUAACAAAGAAAGAUAUCCUCCGUCAUAUGGCCCAGACGGCAAACCAAGACCCCGCUUCAAUAAUGUUCAACUGAGCCCUGUAGAUGAGAGAGAGGAGACAGAAGAGGAAGUGCGUUUGCUGAGUAGCACAGUUAUUUAAUCUGAGGGACUCGUCCACUUUUUUCUUCUUUUAAAAACAGGAAAGGGAAUUCAAGCGGAGCUUUUGCAACCUGGUUUGCAAAUAAUGCUGGGAGAACACAGCGGGCUUGUGUGGGGAGGGAGGAGGAGGAGGAGGAGGAGUGAGGUAGUUCCCUAACUGACUGGAGCAGUAAUUCAUCUCAUGUCGUCUGCACUGCCUGCAGUCCCUGAGGCUGUGCAGUGGGAGUGCAGUCUUGAGCCUCCUGGAGCCUUCACUGGAAUCCUCAAGCACCACAGAGACGCAUAAUCAGUCCCUAUUUCUGGAGGGAUUACUUUAAAUUGAGCCAUCUAUUAAGACUGCAAGGUCUUGCCCUUUUAUAUCAGAACUGUUCUGUUUAACUCAUAAAUUGUAUAGUUAAGCAUCACCUUUCUACAUUCCAAAAGAGCUUCUUCUCUCCCCUCCUGAGCUGUAGCAAACCUCUUUGAAUUGGUGUGUCCUUUUGAAGCAGUCCUUUCUCAUAUUGAGAUGUCCUGUGAUUUUACUGAGGUUUCAUCACAAGAAGGCAGUGAUUCUUGUGCCAUUAACCACGUAGUUUGUACCAUCGUUAAAGGCCUGGAGAAUGUGCACACACACCACUGCUGGCCCAGCAGGUAAAACCAGGAGGUGUGAGUGACAUCCCGCAGCUCGUGUGCUGUGUGGUUAAGAAUAAAAAACAAACUUGACUCUAAACAGUUUUAUUUUUUCCUCUCAGACUUUAUGGAUAAUGUGACCUAGUCUUAUGCAAAUUUUCUAAUUUCUAAAAUUACUACUAUGACAUAAAAGUGCUGUUCAGCAUAAUUAAACCAAAUGUUGCUGCUGUGACAGUGAAGGGAAGGAAGGAGUCUGUUUAGCUGUACCUGGUAUUGAUUGCAUGUUAAACACUGGAACUUUUUUCUUCAAAUUAGAUUAUUCUUUUAUUUCAGGUUGUUUCACUGCUGACACUGGAGAUGAAAUGUAAUUCAUAACUUGCACUAAAUGUAUAUUUCUUUUGUUAAAAAUUUACCAUUCUUAUUUAUAUUUUUAUGGAUUAAAAUUUAUAAAAUACAGAUCAGUUAAUAUUGCAUUUAAAUAAUUUUAACUUUUUAAUGUGAUUUUUUUUUUUAUAAACUAAUUCUGACUUACAAAUAUGGAGGUAUGAACAAAGUUUACAAUGGGCACAAGGGUUUUAGAAAAGGUGAUCACUUGUGUGAUCCAGAGUGCAUGUGAUACCUUCUGAUUUCUCACUGCCAUCUCCUGGGUUAUGCCAUCUGACCUGUCCAUUCUGACCUACACACUGGAAAGUUGAAAAUACCAUAAGUUAUUACUAGUAGGUUAAAGCCAAACCUUUUCUUUUAAGAAAAAUCAAGCGAAAAUGAAAACCAUAAGACCACAAUCUGAGUAUAACAUCUGAAUCUCAGGGUAGGUCCCAG